AUGUCGCCGAAAGCGCCGCCAGAACCACUCUCGCUCGCCGGCAAGCUAGAUCUCAUCCCCGGCGUGCUCUCCCUCCUCGCCGCCGGCUUCGUAGCCGCCACCACGGGGCUCUGGCGAACAGAAAGGGACGCGCCCGCGUACUACGUCCACGCGGCGUAUGCGCUUCUGCGCAAAAGCACAGAACGAUACUCGCUGGCUCAGCUGCAGUGGAAUCUGCCAUCAACGGACCAGGUGUAUGAACAAUACGCGCGAUCUGCGAGAAUCAAGCCCCAGACGGUGGUCUUGGGACACGGCGCCAAGGGACACCGGGUGGGGGAUAAAAAUGCCAAAAACGUGCUGAUUUGGUACCACGGUACGUGCCGAGCUUUUCCAUGUGAGCUUGUCUGGCGUAUACCGGGGGGCGGGUUCGGAAUGGCUGCGAAUAUCACCUUCUUCGAGUUCUGGGAGAAGCUGAUUGUGUCUGCGCGCACCAAGAACAAGGACCUGGCUGUCUUUGCACUGUCGUAG